CUGAGUCUGGUUCCCUGCACCUUCUUGGACUCCGUCAGAACUCGUCCUUUAUUCAAGAUAAUGCAGUUGGAGAAUAUUCUUCCCAGCGCCAGCAUCAACCUACCCAAGACCUUCUACAACCUGUCCUCCUCGGACCCCUCCAGCUCCAGCCCCAGGCCCCCCUCUCAGCUCGAGUACCAGGAGGUGGAGCGGACCGAGUCCGAACCCGGCGGCGCCAAUAAGAAGUACCUGAGCGGGGUGGGCAACGGGAUGCUGGGGGAGGGAGAGGGGGACGGUUUUACCAAGAACGAUGGGAGGAAGGGCUCCCCGGUGCUGGGGGAGGACGAGCUGACGAGCGGCCGGCGGUACAACAUAGACGAACUGGGUUCGGACAGAUACUUCAUCUCGUCCUCUCAGGCGACUUCCGACAUGGCCAACCCCUGUUCCCUGUUUCCCUACGCAGGGCAGACGGGUUCUGUGUACAGCGGGACCGGCGGGUCCAGAUACCCGGCCUCCCUGCAUUACGGGUCCGUCCUCCCGCCCGCGGGUUUCUCCGCUCCGUCCGUGUGCAGCACCCGGAGCCAGUUCGGCGGCGGCGGGUACCAGUUCAGCCAGGGCCCCGGCUGCCUGUACCCGUCUUACUCCGGGACCGGGAGCGGGAUCGGGUCCAUGUCUCUGCCCGGGUCGGCUGCAGGGGCCCGGGCCCAGGUGUACCUGUGCAACCGACCCCUGUGGCUGAAGUUCCACCGGCACCAGACGGAGAUGAUCAUCACCAAGCAGGGCAGGCGGAUGUUUCCCUUCCUCAGCUUCAACAUCACCGGCCUGAACCUCACGGCCCACUACAACGUGUUCGUGGAGGUGGUUCUGGCCGACCCGAACCACUGGCGCUUUCAGGGAGGAAAGUGGGUCACUUGUGGAAAAGCAGACAAUAAUAUGCAAGGUAACAAAGUGUACGUUCACCCCGAGUCUCCAAACACCGGCGCUCACUGGAUGAGACAAGAAAUCUCUUUCGGCAAACUAAAGCUGACAAACAAUAAAGGAGCCAACAACAAUAACACGCAGAUGAUCGUCCUGCAGUCGCUUCAUAAAUACCAGCCUCGUUUGCACAUUGUGGAGGUGACGGAGGACGGCGUGGAGGACAUGAGCAACGAGUCCAGAACUCAGACCUUCACCUUCCCAGAGAACCAGUUUAUUGCCGUCACAGCUUACCAGAACACAGAUAUCACACAACUGAAGAUUGAUCACAACCCGUUUGCAAAAGGCUUCCGGGAUAACUAUGACUCGAUGUACACGGCUCCGGAAAGCGACAGGCUGACUCCAUCGCCAACAGACUCUCCUCGCUCUACCCAAAUCGUACCCGGAGCUCGCUACGCCAUGCAGCCUUUCUUUCAGGACCAGUUUGUCAACAACCUGCCUCAGAACCGCUUCUAUGCCAGUGAGCGGGCCGUUCCCCAAACCAACAGCCUUCUCUCCCCGCAGAGUGAGGACCCCAGUGCAGCUGCUUCGGCCCAGCGCUGGUUCGUGCCCCCGGUCCAGCAGCCGGGCUCCAACAAGCUCGACCUCUCGUAUGAAAAUGACUAUUCCACCAGCAGCCUGCUGUCGUACGGCAUCAAGCCUCUGUCCCUGCAGACGUCCCACGCCCUCAGCUACUACCCAGACUCGGCCUUCGCUUCCAUGGCUGCAGGCUGGGGAACUAGAAGCUCUUACCAGCGCAAAAUGGCCACGGGUUUGCCCUGGUCCCCUCGCCCAAGCCCCCCGGCUUUCUCUGAGGAUCAGCUGGGGGCCAGUAAAGAAAAGCUACCAGAGGAGAACGCUCAACCCACCUCAACCUGGAUCGAGACCUCCCACUCGCUGAAAUCAGUGGACUCUAGCGAUUCUGGCGUGUACUCCAUGGUGUGCAAGAGGCGCAGGAUGUCCCCCGGCGGCUCGAGCACAGAGAACUCCCCAACCAUCAAGUGCGAGGACUUGACUACAGAGGAGUACAACAAGGACAACCCAAAAGGCAUGGGUUAUUAUGCUUUCUACACAAGCCCCUAAGACUG